ACCUUUAAAAUCUUGAAUCUUCCGUUCGAAGUAGGCUAUUUAUUUAUCCAAAUGAAAGGUAUAGUUCCUAUUUAUCAGUAGCUUGUGUAUUUGUGAAGUUAUAAUUUUAAAUAGCCCUAAUUUACUGUAACUUAAUCUAAUCUCAAGCUGCACUUCGAAAUUAGAGAAACAAAAUAAUUAGCUACCUAGGUGUAGGCUAGUUCUGGUGGAUGAAUGCAGUAUAGUUUAAUAUGUCAUCUCCUUUUACAUUUGAUGAAGACAAUAGCUCUCUUAAAGCUAGUGAAGAUGACUUAAAUAAAUUCUCCACGUCGGUAUCAUAUGAGUUUAACAGUUCUUUUGCGGACAAAGAGAAAAAUGAAGUAGCCAUUGAUCAAGCGAUUGCUGGACUGAAAACAUGUUUGCAGCAGUAUGAGGAUAAAGCAAAAUAUUGUGAGAAUCAACUAGACAAGUUGGGAUUCAACGUCAGUGAUUUACCAGAGAAAUUAAGACAAGAUUUAAAAGAGGUCUUUAAAGAUGAUGAUGGGGUGUUCAACUUUUCACAAACAAGUAACGAGUUGGUGACGAUCAACGCAGAUCAUGUGUUUGACAGCCUCCGAGAAAACUAUGAGUUGGCACAACUGCGUAUGCUUCAGAGUCAGAUGGAGACGUUAGUGGAGGAACACAGUCGGCUAAACAACAAUCUUCAACGAAAAUUAAUUACUGAAAAAGAAGAAUCGGAAAAGUUAGAAAAUAAACGAUUUGAGAAAGAAGCAAACAUAAUGAUGUUUAACCAGAGGUUGGAAGCUGCCAAAUGGGAACUAAAUAAUCUGCAACAACUGUCCCAGGGAAACCAAAAACCGAAGUAUAGUGUGGAAGAGCUUGAUAAUUUGAGACAAGAAGUACAAAAACUGAAGAUAGAGAUAGCCCAUACAGAGGCAAAACUGAAGAAAUACAACAAACUCCCAUUGAGUGAGAAGGAUGCACUAAAGUUGUUAACCAGGAUGAAAGACGACAUCAAGAUUGUAGACAAAGAAAUUGAAAAUAAAGUUUUGGUCUAG